UAUUUUUUUAAGAGAUAUUUCUUAUUGUAGUGGCAUAUUGAGGGCUGAUUGUUCUUCAGCCAUUCUCCGAGGGGUUUUUACCAAACUUUCUCUUCGGUCUUUUCCUCUCCCUUACACAACAAUUUGGUGGGAAAUUGCAAAGGUCAAACAAUAAUCAAAUCCUAUGCGGAUUCAAAUUCCUUCGAACAUCAAUUGGUAUCUUGACUUGAUUCUUCCACCAUUUCUAUCACAAAGGGAAAGACCUUGAUUUUUAUCCUUGAAUACCCGUGCUUUCUCUUUCACUCUGUUCUGAAUUAUCUAUAGGAAGAGAAACUGACAAGGAAGCAUUGAGAGUCACCAUUAAAACUCAUGGAAUGCAAUAAAGAUGAAGCAAUUAGGGCAAAAACAAUCGCUGAAAAGAAAUUAUCCGAUAAAGAUUUUCCUGGUGCUAAGAAGUUCAUCUUAAAAGCCCAAAACCUGUAUCCUAGUCUUGAUGGCAUCUCUCAGAUGUUGACCACUCUUGAUGUGUAUAUCGCCUCAGAGAACAAGAUCAGUGGAGAAGUUGAUUGGUAUGGAAUACUCGGUGCAAACCCUAAUGAUGAUGAAGAAACAAUCAGAAAACAUUACAGAAAGUUGGCUCUUUUGUUACACCCUGAUAAAAACAAAUCAGUAGGUGCAGAUGGUGCUUUUAAACUUCUUUCUGAAGCAUGGAGUUUGUUAUCUGACAAAACUAAAAGAUCAUCCUAUAACCAAAGGAGAAGUAUGAGAGCAUUCCAACAGAAAGUUUCAGUUCCAGUUCCACCUCCUUCAGCUCCUGGUGCCAAUGGGGCCCACACAAAGCAACCACCUUCAAAGCCAAACAACCGAACUACAACCACUGCCACUAGGCCGCCAGCUCCUCCACCACCUUCCCGCCCACCUCCACCGCCACCUCCGCUUCGUACCGAUACUUUCUGGACAAUUUGCCAUCGAUGCAAGAUGCAUUACGAGUAUCUAAAACUAUAUCUCAAUCAUACCCUUUUGUGUCCCAAUUGUCACGAGCCAUUUCUAGCCAAGGAAAUGCCGCCACCUGUCAACCUCCCAAAACCAUCUUCUUCAUCUGCUCACCACCAUCAGAACCCAACCAACCAUGUAAAAACCACAAAAGUCCAGGGAGGCCCUUUCACAAAACCAAAUGUGCCUGCAGACCCCUCGGUUGCAACAAAAGCAGCAAGUGUUAUUCAGCAAGUAGUUGCUGACAGGUUGAAAAGAGAACGUGAAGAAUUCUAUGCUAAUUGGCCUUCAAAAAAGAGAAAAGCAGAUGAUGAUAGUCAAGGCUCUGGUGUUAAGAUCCCGUUUCAGAUGUCAACAACAGGGGUAAAAAUGACCGGUUUUGAGACAGCUAAUUUAAAUACUAGGUUAAAUAGAACUAGGGAGUUGACUCCUUUAGAAAGCCGAAACAUGUUAAUGAAAAAAGCCCAAACAGAGAUUAAAAAAAAGCUAAUCCAAUGGGAAUCCGAGGAGAAAUCGAAAGAAAACUUAAACAAAAACAACAACAACCCAUCAUCUCAAAAUCAAAAUCAAAAUAGCAAACAAGUUUCUGAACAAGAAAAUGGAGAAGAAGAAGAAGAAGAAGAAGAAGAAGAAGAAGAAGAAGAACUUGCAAUGAAUGUUCCGGAUCCCGACUUCCAUGAUUUUGACCUCGAACGCACCGAAAAUUCAUUUGAAGAUAACCAAGUGUGGGCUGCUUAUGAUGAUGAUGAUGGAAUGCCAAGAUUCUAUGCUUUGAUUCAUAAAGUUCUUUCAAGAAAACCACUGAAGAUGAAAAUCAGUUGGCUAAAUUCAAAAACCACAGCCGAAUUCGGAACCCUAGAUUGGUUGGGUUCGGGUUUUCGGAAGGUUUGUGGGGAGUUUAGAAUCGGGAGACAUGAACUCUACAAAACCCUAAAUUCAUUCUCCCAGAAGGUUGAGUGGACAAAAUCCCAACGUGGGAGUGUUUUGAUUUUACCUAGGAAGAACCAAGUGUGGGCCCUGUACAGAAACUGGUCGCCUGAUUGGGACGAGAAUGUUCCAGAUGAUGUGAUACAUAAGUAUGACAUGGUGGAGGUUCUAGAAGAUUACAAUGAAGAAAAAGGUGUUCCGGUCAGCCGUCUUUUGAAGCAUGCUGGAUUCAGAACUGUUUUUCAUCCUGUUACAGACGAAAGUGAAGUGACAGUGAUUCCAAAAGAAGAAAUGUUUCGAUUCUCACAUCAAGUCCCGAAAUAUGUCUUGAAUGGGACAGAAGGGCAAAAUUGUCCAAAAGGUUGCCUUGAGCUGGAUCCAGCUGCUACGCCUUCUGACCUUAUUCAAGACACCAUUGAGAAAGAUGGUGUGAAGGGCAAGAUUGGAAAUGGUGAAGAGAAGAAGAUAUAGCUACAGUGGAGGUAUGUUUUUUUUUUUUUUUUUUGGGUAGUAGUUUGAUUUUGUAUGGAGGAUAAUGGUAAUGACUCACAUUUUGUUCAUGACAUGGGCUGACUAUCUGUGAGGUCUUUUUGUGCAAAAAGGUUUUACAUUCAUGGUAUAGAACAGAACAGAACAGAAUAGAAUAUAAUCUGUUGAAAAGAUUUGUAUGGAUCAUGAUUUAUUCCUAAAUCAGGGCUAACUUCAGUUCUGUUCCAAAA